AUGGGAUUAUCGGUCAAUAUGCUAAAAAUAUAUGAUAUUGGCUUCCAUGGCAUCAUCCCAACCCGACCCGCUUAUCCCCUCGGUAAAAUUUCACUGGAUGUCGUUUUCGGCACAUCUAGAAAUUUCAGAAAGGAGAAGCUCGAGUUCGAGGUAGUUGAUUGGGAAUCACAGUACCACACCAUCCUCGGCAGGCCAGCGUUCGCGAAAUUUAUGGUGGUUCCUCAUUACGCAUAUUUGAAGUUAAAUAUGCCAGGCAACAAUGGGAUAGCAAUAACUGUUUACGGGAGUUUUUCUCGUUCUGAUAACUGCGACAGAGAAUUUCAGAAGAUCGCUUCCAAGUUCGGAGUCAUGGAGGAACUCAAUGCAAUCGAUGCAAUCACCGAUCAUACACAACCACCUACUGAUAAUCGAAACACCAAAUCCGACGAGUUCGAUAUUACAAAGGAAGCAAAGAAGCAUCAAGUGCACCCCUCUGAUCCGAAGAAGACGGUCAAUGUAUCGGCAAACCUUAUUACCGCAUAG